AUGUUUAUUUCAAACGAAAUUACGACAUACGAUGCACUCUUAAGUGUUGAUCAUUCUACUGUAGAAAUAUUUGAGUCAACUUUCUUUGAUAAUCACGUUUAUUUCUCAAUUUCUAACUCUAACGGAAAUGUUGCAGUUUAUAAUUGUUACUGUGACAUUCUUGAUGUUUCUGGUGCAGUUUCUUUCUCAACUUCUCCUAUUUACACUGAAAAUUAUGUUAUUCAAUAUCAAGAAGCACAAUCUUGUUUCUUCCAAGCAAACAAACGUCUUUCAAUAAAAUUUGGUGAUUACGAACAAGGAAAAUCAUGUUUCGAUCAAUUCAGCCGCUAUCCUUCGCCAACACAAUAA